AUGAUCACUCUAAGGAGUGGUAAAGAGGUUGAUCUGCCUACACCCAAGCCAGAGCAAGAGCCAGAGCAAGAACUAGAGUCUGAAGCAGAGAAAGAGAAGAGGGAGGAAAACAAGGGAAAGAGGAAAGGAAGCAGUACCAAGAAGGAGGACCUUGAAGCUAAGGCCGCCUCUACUGAUCCUCUAGCUACACCACCUGUUCCACCAGCUGCACCUCCUCCAUCACAAGACUUUAUCUCUAUUUCUGGCUCAGAGUUUCAUGGUAUGAUACAGCAACAUCUGGGUCUUGUGCCGCCUCAGAAUGAUAUUCCUAGGCCAUUAGAGCCGAGAGCUCCAGUUGAGGAGACAAUUCCACCUAAGGAGACCAUCACAGCUGAUGUCCCACCCCAGGCCACUCACGAGACAGCCCUAGAGCCAUCAUGUCCACCAGAGAACCCCACUCCUUGA